UGCAGCGAAUGCUUCAUACCUUCGACCAGGAGGUUAUCAAUCUUCCCCCCCAAGGCCUUUCGAUAGGAAUAUCAAUACUCCCUCGAGAUUGCUUCCGUGUAACCAACCCUCCUCGCAUUUUCGUCAUGGCAUACGUCUUACUGGUAAUCGUGAGUACCUUGGUGCGCUUUCGUAGUAUAUUAUGCACGUUUUCUGCACUCCGCAGAGCGUUUUCAAGCGUUGCCUGCAUUGCCCGUUCCUCAGGUUCCGUCGGUGGGGUCCUGCCGCACAGUACAACCUGCGAUGGUUGAAGCAGAACCUCCGUCAAUGCCGCAGUGGCUGGCCUCCACCAUUCACAGUUCCCUCAACCCUCCACAGGCUCAAGCAGAAUUUAUCGAAGGAGUUUCAAGCCCGGUGCGAAACCAAAACGAUCUGAUAUCUCCCGAGUCCAGGAAGCGUCCAUACCAAUCUCCAACGCCGUCUCCACUGCUCCAACGUGCCAAAAAGUUUACACCGAAACGUAACAUCGCGACCUCGUCAGUUUCACUCUGUGGUCGCCAAAUUUCUGCAUACUCGUUCGAUGAUGACCCUGACGCUAACUGGAGCACAGUUAUGAAACCCGAGAAGAAAAAGAGUAAGAAUUUCAAGCCCGGUUACGUAUUGUCAUCGGGACCGUUCAGUCUCCGUCUUCCUGGCAUUGCGGUCGGAAAUUCAAAGGGCCGGAGGACGGGCGUAACACGGACAGAGAAGAAGCUUGACACUCAGACAACGAGACGUGUUAUCACUUACCUCCCACCACCACUACCACAGCGCACCGUAAAACCAACUGAAAAACUGCUCCAGGUCGAAGAACACUACGUCUCCGAUAACGACGGGCUCCCCUUUGGAUCCACACCAGCUGUUCAGUCGCCACCAGAGAGCGGUCGCGUAUCUCCUCUACCACACGCCUCCUCUGAUGAUUUGACAUUGGUGGAUGGAGUGAACGAGCAAGUGAUCGCAUUUGAUGCUAGCGAGGUGAAGACGCGGUAUACCAAGGUCCGCAAGCUUAUCAAAGAGACUCGCGUUAUGCUUCCGGAGCUGCUGGGUCUUCCGAGUUGUGGCAUUGUAUGGCGGGACGAUGACGUCGUACAAGCGGACGACAGUAAGAAUAGAGAAAUCAAGAUAAGCAUUUGGCCUUGUGACGGAUGAUUAGCGUGUAGGGCUAUCGCUUCCAUUGUGUUGUUAAUGUCUACCAUUCGGUUGCAGAAACGGACUCGUCUACAAAGAAGAACAGGACGAUACCACAAUUUAUGUUUAUAGGCUCUAUAGAA